AAAAUGAUGCGUCUGAUGUCUAAAUAUCUGUUAGCAGCUGGAUAUGGCGGCGCUGCUACGAGGACUACGAGUUGGAAGGGCCCUACGGGGUUUUGGCAGCGUGGUAGUUCCAAAAUCAUCCAGUCCCCAAUGCAAUGGCCUGAGACGAGGCUUCCACUGUGCUGCACUUCGUCUUCAGGAGGACAAGGACAAGUCCAUCCCUGUCCCCCCAUCCUCUGCUGCAUCCUCAACUACAACCUACCACGAGCAUUACCGAGCCCACCCAUUUAAAAACAACACUGCCACAUAUACGCAGGAAGCGCCUGCACCCGAAGCUGAUGCUAAGGAGGCUCCCCAGCCCAACACUAGUUAUGCAGACCAGAGUGGAGAACAAGGAGAAGAGUAUGAAACAGAGGAGCAACUGCAAGCACACAUCCUUAACGCUGCACUGGACUUUGUCCAACUACAUGGUUGGACUCUUGAGGCCAUUUCAGCAGGGGCUGAGACACUGGGCCUCUCAGCAGCCUCCAGUGGAAUGUUCCAGAAUGGAGCAGGGGACCUGGUUUUGCACUUCAUUGCUCAGUGCAAUGCCCAGCUAACAGAGCAAAUGGCAGAGCAGCACAACCAGGUCCAACUUGGUCAGGCUGAACCAAAGAAAACUGCUGAGUUUCUUAGAGAUGCUGUGGAGACUAGAUUGAGGAUGUUGACACCAUACAUGGAUAAUUGGCCACAGGCUAUGAGUAUUCUGCUCCUCCCACACAACAUCCCAGACAGUCUGAAGCACCUCUCCACCCUGGUGGAUGAUAUCUGGUACUACGCUGGAGACCGUUCCACAGAUUUGAACUGGUAUACGAAACGGGCCGCACUGACAGGGAUCUAUAACACCACUGAGCUGGUGAUGAUACAGGACUCCUCAGAAGACUUCCAGGACACCUGGAACUUCCUUGAAAACCGAAUCCAGGAUAUUGUCAACAUGGCUGGCGCCGCCAAACGGGCGGCAUCUACAGGAGAAGCAGUGGCGCAGGGGCUUUUGGGGGCUGCUGUUACGCUGAAGAAUCUAACAGGGAUUAACCAAAGACGAUGAAAAAAUAUGCCUAUUUCUGUUCCACCAUCCCCUUCCCCUCUGAUCUCUGCCAGUCAGUGGUUUGUGUGUGUGGCAUUGAAGAUCAGCUUCUGUGCUCACAGCUCAGACAUUUCUUCUCUUAUAUGUAAUACCCUAUAGUGUUGGUUUGUUUUAUUGCUUAGUCGCCUUUUAUCCACAAUACAAAUAUAAUUGUGCCUUAGGUCUGGUAUGAGGUUUCACUUUCAUCCAGUUUGAAACGGUUUUCCCUCACAUCCACUUCCUAUCCAUUUUUCUUUUUGUAUAAAGGAUGCAAAAAUAGAGAUUGUAUUUUAAAUGCUUUUGGUCAGCUCCAUUGAGAGUUCCUAAAUAAAUCACAGAUCAUUUACAACAACAA